UGUAGUCAGUGUUAUUUUGAUAUAUUUAGAGAAUAAAAAUAGGUCAGAGAUGGAGAGUAUGAGAGAAAAAGAGGAGUCUUUGAGAGAAUAUGCUUGUAUUGGUGACAUCGAAGGUACAACUUAUUUAGCUAACUUAGGAAUCAACGUUAACUCUCAAAAUUCUAACAAUGGAUGGACAGCUCUUCAUUGGGCUUGUAAAAGAAAUCAUUUAUCCAUUGUGGCCUUGUUGUUAAAAUAUGGAGCGGAUAAAACUCUCAAAAGCUUUCAUAAUCAACUGCCCCAUGACCUAACUUAUGACCAAAAUAUCAUAAAUCUAUUGAACACUACAGAUAAUAAAAAAUGUAAUAUAAGUAAUCUCAGUGAUAGUGUUAACAAAUCACCUGACAAUUUGAUAAUUAUUCCUAAUUACUUACAAAACCCUAAAUUUAUUCAUGCCAAACCACAAAUAAAAGAUAGAUCAUAUAAGAGUAACAAGGAAAAUUUUGACAAAACUCAAGAUCUUAAUUCAUCAGAUAAGGGUAUCUAUUGCCACUUUUGUGGAAAUUAUAAUUUACUUAAAAAUAAUCAGAUUCAUAACUCACAUCCAUCUACAGAUAAUACAGAUUUCAUUAUAAAGGCAAGAAUAGCUGACUCCAUUAUUCAUGAUUUUGUCGAAAUACAUCUUAACCAUCUUUCAAACCAGCAUUUAACUCUUGAAGGUUUUGGUCUUGAGUGUCUUAAACAAUUGAUAACAUCGAAUUUAUAUAAUCAACCUUUUUUCCAGAUUUUAACUGUUAAUGAUUAUAAAAGAUGUCGCAUUAACAUGUCCUUACCUCUUUACCUAGAAUUUAUCCAAAAAAUAGCCCAAACAAAUUUUAGCAAACGAUCAUCCAUCCAAGGAGAUAAACAGGUUCCCAAAAAUGAAAAUGACCAAUUUCCCUGGAAAUACGCAACAAACUUCUUAAAAAUUCGCAAAUUACCAAACACAGUGCUGACAAAAAACCAACAGUUAUCCUCUCUUGAAUCCUUUCAGGAGAUAGAACUUAUACUAGAUACACAAUUUUACGAAACUAUUUUAAAGACUUCAAAAAUAUCUUCCUUAACCAAAAAUGAUUAUAGUCCUGAUUAUUCGUUCAUUAAAAAGACAUCCUGGGUUAUAGGGGCCAAAGUUUUUGCUCCCAUCAAAAAUAAGAUAGCACUCGCUUGUUCCAAUAAACAAUCUACUAUAGGACAUAAUUUUUCUUUCGAUUCUCGUAAUUUAGAUAUUAAUCACUAUAACAGAAAAUUGUAUAAUAAUGGAACCAACUUAACAAGUAUCAUAAAUAUAAAUGAUUCUCAUCUGACCAAUCCAAAUGCAUCCGAUAAUCAUUUUAUCGAUUGUGAUGAUCCCAUCAUUGAAGAAGAGGCAAUUACGGGGAGUAGUCAUCCUGAUGUACCGUUAUACAUACCGAAUAAGAACAAGUCAGAAUCUAAGGCAGGAACUAAACUUCAGCAAAAGCUUUCUGUUUGGAUAUCAAUUUAGCGGCUUCAGCUUCGCCUUCUGCCUGAACAAUUUUCUGUUGCUUUUCUUGUAUGGCUCUCUCCACUACGAAUGCUGCUCUUUGAGCCUCUUGUUGAGCUACCUACAUUGAGAAAAACAUUGAUGAUUUACAUUUAGGAAAAAAGAAGAUGUUAGAAUAUUGGGGAAAUAUAAAUAUUUCAUUUUAUUAUAUAAAGUAAAAAUAUUAUGAAUUGUACAUAUUCAA